AUGGCUGAAUACUGCUGGGACGGAAAUGGAUGGUUUGUAGGUGAAUUCAAAGCUGAAGGAGUUGUUACUGGAGCAACCUCAUGGCUAAAUGAAUCAGGCGUCAUAAUCAAAGUUUACGUUAGAAUACAUGCUGGAUAUAUUGAAGAACAUACAUGUGAAAAUGGAUGGUCUGUCACAUCAACUUUUGCUUUAGGUUACUUUUUAAAGUAA